UCUAGGGUUUCUUGGGAAGUUCUCACCAACGCCGCUCGAACCCAAUUAAUCAUAGCUACCACCGGUCCACAACAUCUUGAUCGUAUCCAACAAUGGCUACUCAAAUGAGCAAGAAACGAAAGUUCGUUGCAGACGGAGUCUUCUUCGCUGAACUCAACGAGGUUCUUACUAGAGAACUUGCUGAGGAUGGAUACUCGGGUGUUGAAGUUCGCGUUACCCCGAUGCGAACUGAGAUUAUUAUCCGAGCUACUAGGACCCAGAACGUUCUUGGUGAGAAGGGUAGGAGAAUCAGGGAAUUGACAUCUGUUGUACAGAAGAGGUUCAAGUUCCCAGAGAAUAGUGUGGAGCUCUAUGCCGAGAAGGUGAAUAACAGAGGGCUUUGCGCCAUUGCUCAAGCAGAGUCUCUACGGUACAAGCUACUUGGUGGUCUCGCUGUUAGAAGGGCAUGUUAUGGUGUACUUCGCUUCAUCAUGGAAAGUGGUGCUAAGGGGUGCGAGGUCAUUGUGAGUGGGAAGCUCAGGGCCCAACGUGCCAAAUCAAUGAAGUUCAAAGAUGGUUACAUGAUCUCUUCUGGUCAGCCAGUUAAUGAAUACAUAGACUCGGCAGUUAGACAUGUUUUGCUCAGACAGGGUGUUCUUGGGAUCAAGGUCAAGAUCAUGUUGGAUUGGGAUCCCAAGGGGAAGCAAGGCCCAACAACUCCAUUACCAGAUCUUGUCACCAUACACCCCCCUAAAGAGGAAGAUGAACUCCUAAGGCCUGUAACUGUAGUAGCCAGGGAAAUUGAGGUGGUUCAGUGAAGUAAAAGCUGUCUGGUGUCGACACGCUUAUUUCUGAUGGUUAUAAUUAGUGCAGUUUAAAGGUGGAGUAUUCCCCCACCCCCAUUUUUAGUUGAUAUCUAAAGUUUAACCUUUUCUUUUGGGUUAUUAGUAAGGAAAGCAGUGGAGGACUAUGUAACGUAAAAUCUAAAAUUUUGUCAUUAGAGAGAUCCUUUUGUUGA